GCGGCCGCUAACCUUACCUCCCAGGCCGGUGGGGUACAUUAACACGGGGCACAUGAAGACGCUCAGCUCUGCUCCAUCGCCACCUUUAUCGAGGACGAGUUUCUUACAUGACACGGAUUCCCUUCAAAAGGGUUGGCGCAGCCUUGCAGAGAGAGAUAGGAACAAAGGGGGUGAGACGUCGCCAUACAGACAAGGAAGAGCAGCAGCCAAGACGAAAUGUCUGUUUCAUCGAGCUCUUCAGUGUCACGCGGAGGCCCAGUCCCGCGGCGGCCUGGACCACGGCGCCCGCUCAUCGUGUCCUCCAGGGAGCCGCACCGGCCGCCGCAGGAGAAGCUGGACGAGUUCUGGAGCCGGUUCAGCGCCAGGACCCCGGGCAAGGCGACCCGGCUCCUCCCGCAGAAGGAGUACGGCGACGGCGGCGACGGCGGCGGCCGGCAGCGGCGGCGCUCGUCCAAGGGCGUGGGCAGCACGCAGCGGACGCAGGCGUCGUACGAGGAGGCGGCGGCCCAGUGUAGGGCAAAGGUAGCGCAGAUCGUCAAGGAGUCGCGCCGCGUCAACCAGCGCUACCGCGACCCGCACUUCGACAUCGAGCUGGACCUGCAGCUGGGCAUGCGCGACUGCCUCGAGGCCCUCGACAACAUCAAGCCGACGGCGCCGCCCCCGAGGCGGCCGGGCCCCAGCAACCGCGGCGACGCCCAGGGGGAGGGGCAGGGGCAGGGGCAGGAGAGGCAGGGGCCGCCGUCCGGGGGCCGCAGGCGGCGGCUGGGCGGGUUCGAGCCCGGCUUCAUCCCCAUGGCGGUGCACAGGGUGGUGGAUAUAUUCGACAAGCCGCAGUUCUACAUCGACGGCCCGACGGCCAACGACGUGCGGCAGGGCCGCGACAUGGGCGACUGCUGGCUCCUCGCGGCGCUGUGCACCAUGAGCAACAAGCCGGGGCUCAUCGAGCGCAUCUGCGUGGCGCACGACCAGGCCGUGGGCGUCUACGGCUUCGUCUUCCACCGCGACGGCGGCUGGUUCAGCGAGAUCAUCGACGACAAGCUGUACCUGACCAAGCCCGACUACGACGACGGCUACCUCGAGCGCAUCCUGUUCGAGGACCGCGAGCGCGGCGCCGACUCGGAGCAGGUCUACAAGAGCAUCUACCAGUCCAACAGCGGCGCCCUCUACUUUGCGCAGUGCGAGAACCCAAACGAGACGUGGCUGCCGCUGCUCGAAAAAGCCUUCGCCAAGGCCCACAACGACUACGAGAGCAUCGAGGGCGGCUUCACGGGCGAGGCGCUCGAGGACCUCACGGGCGGCGUCACGUCGGAGCUGUACACGAGCGACAUCCUGGACACCGAGUACUUUUGGAACGAGGAGCUGAUGAAGGUCAACCAGGACUUUCUGUUCGGCUGCUCCACCGGCGUCUGGGGCCGCGGCCUGGGCGAGAGGAAGGGGAUCGUGGAGCUGCACGCAUACAGCGUCAUGAGGGCCGUCGAGGUCGAGGGCCAGCGGCUGAUACUGCUCAAGAACCCUUGGGGCAAGCAUGAGUGGAAGGGCCCCUGGUCGGACGGCAGCAGGGAGUGGACGCCCGAGUGGCUGUCGCGGCUGGGCCACCGCUUCGGCGACGACGGGGCCUUCUGGAUCGCGUACGAGGACCUGCUGCGCAAGUACCAGGCCUUUGACCGCACCCGCAUCUUCGGCCCGGACUGGAAGGUCACGUCCAUCUGGACGACGCUGUCGGUGCCGUGGACGCACGAGUACCACGACACCAAGUUUGCCUUUUCCAUGUCCCGCCCGGGCCCCGUGGUGCUGGUGCUCUCGCAGCUCGACGACCGCUACUUCCGCGGCCUCGAGGGCCAGUACCGGUUCGAGCUCAGCUUCCGUGUCCACGCGGCGGGCGCGGACGAGGCCGACGAGUACCUGGUGCGCAGCCAGACUCCCUACCGCAUGAACCGCAGCGUCAACGUGGACCUGGACCUGGAUGCGGGCGACUACACGGUUCUGGUGCGCGUCGACGCCGAGCGCGACACGGGCAUCCUGCCGCCCGAGGACAUGGUGCGCGCGCUCUCGCGCGCGCGCCGCGACAAGCUGGCCCGCGUCGCCCUGUCCUACGACCUAGCGCAUGCCAAGGGGGCCAUCGUCGAGACGGACGCGGAGAGUGAGGCGCGGCUGGCGCGUGAGCGGCGGAGCCUCGAGCGGUCCCGGCGCCGCAUAAAGAAGGCCAUGACGGAGCAGCGGCGGCGACAGUACCUGAAUGAGUCGGCGAGGCUGCUCGAGGCCCGGAGGGAGGUGGCGAAGCGUAAGGAGAGGAAGGAGAGGAGGAAGGAGAGAAGGAAGGCGCGGGCGGAGAAGAAGGAGAAGGAGGAGAAGGAGGAGAAGGCGGCGCAGGAAGAGAGGGAGGAGAAGGGAAAGGGAAAUACUGGCGAGGACAAGAACGGCGCAGUAGCAUCUGGCGGUGAAAAGACGGCUCAGACAGGCCAGAGGGGAGAAAAGGAUGCGACAAAGACUGCCCAUGUCCCGGAGAAAGGGGCGGCUGAGUUGGAAACAAACAAAGCUGGGCAAGGCCAAGCGCAAGCAGCACAGCCAAAUGCUUCCGCUCCUGCGCCGGCAAAGGAAUCGGCGCCUGGGAAACAAGCCCCGAGUGUGCCCAUCACGGCUCCCACACCCAAGCCUUCAGGGGCUCCCAACACCGAAGAGCAACGCUCCCCACAGCAACCGGUCACGGCUGUCAUGCCUGGCACCGGGCCUCCCACCACCGACGCCUCUCCACAAGAUGCAUCAACCCAGACCGCUGAUGGCCCAUUGAACGAGGAGCUCCAAGUGGGCAACGCACCGCCGGAGCAUACGCACGAAGCAUUGCCGCGGCCCCCGAGCCCCCCGAGCCUCGACCUCCCACACCAGCACGCGCACAUGCAGUUCCCUCCGUUUCCAGGAGGCCGGGGCGUGUCUCCUCCCCCUGAGCUCGCCCGCCGCACACCCUGGCAACAGCAACAACGUCGAGGUCCACCGCCCCAUCACCUGUCAGGCCCGCCACGGCACCGCCGCGCCGGGCCUCACCUCCACUUCCACCCCGCAGUACUCCCGCCCCCAGGCUUGGGAUCCGACGCAGGCGGCGGCGGUGGCGGCGGCGAGGACAACAACGAAGGCUCCGACUGCGAGAUAUCAAGCGUCUCGAGCAUCUCGGACGUGUCGGACCGUGAGGUCGAGUUGCAGCUGGAGCUGAUGCGCAUGGACGGCCAGCUCCCCAUGCCCUCCUCCUCCUUGCGCAGGCGCAGGCGCAGGGCGUCCGCCGACGGCCCGACCGGCAGCCCCAACGCCGGACGGCCCCCGCGGCUGCCGCUAUUCCCCGGGGGCCCGCCGCCACAGCCACGGCGGCGGAGCUCGGACGACGCCGAGCUGGAGAACGACCCGUGGAACGCCGUGGCGGUCGUCGGGCUGCGCGUGUACUACAAGAUGGGUGAGGGCGAGGCGCAGGACGCAGACGUGGUGACGCUGCGCAUCGUGCGCCCCACCGGCGUACCCGACGAUGACAGCGACAGUAGUGACAGCGACAGCGAGGGGGAGGGGGCUGGCGCCAGGGACCGCUGGCCGUGGAACAGGAAGAAGGUCAAGAUACCGGACGUCGACGACAGCGCGCGGGACGCGGUCCUGGUGGCUGCGAGCCUGGAACAGAGCGGCGACGGCCGUGCGAAGGAUGGGGACGCCGGGAAGGUUGGGCAUGUCAAGGACGAGGACGACGAGAAGAAGCCGAUCAAGGCCGAGCCGGCGGAGGAGGAGCCAGUCAAAAGUUGAGGCUGAGGCUAUCGACCCAAGGAGCGAGGCAGGGGAGAGAUCUUGAUGCAAGUUGCACACAUGAGCAGCCCACCGAGAGAAGCGUGGAUGGAUCCUAAAGGAUGACAACAUACGGACACUAGGCACAGGACAGACAGACAGACAGACAGACAGACAGUGACAUGACGAUAUAAUGUAACUUUUUCGCCUUGUUUGUUCAUUGUAU